AUGUGUAUAGGUGGUGGUGCAGGUCAUCAUGGAGGACUUAGAGGAGAUGUCGGCAGUGGGUUGGGUGGUGGUGCAAGUGGAGGAGCUGGUGGUGGAGGUGGACUUGGUGGUAGCCUUGGUGGCGGAGGUGAUGGAGGCUUAGGUGGUGGUGUUGGCGGGGGUGCAGGUGCUAGUGGAGGUCCUGGUGGUGGUAGAGGCCGAGGUGGUUUAGGUGGCGGUGCAGGAGUAGGGUUUGGAGUAGGUGCAGGUUUCGGAGUAGAGGGAGGAGUUGGAGGUAAUGGAGGUGGUGGCUUUGGUAGAGGUGAUGGAGUAAGCAACGGUACUGGUUUUUUUGGAGGAGCUGGAUUUGGUGCCGGCGGUAGCCAUUAA